AUUCAGUCACGCAAUACUUCCGGACACUUCCGGGUUCUUCUCCCUAAUACAUUUUUCGGUUCUUGCAAACUCCUACACGCCGGCCGCUAAAUUUUUCUUCGUAGACCACUAAUAAAAGGUUGAUAAUAAAAAACAGUAUUUUAGAGAAAUGAAUGGAAUAGUGAGAAACGUGUUGAGAGUAGCGGCUUUGAAAAAUAUCGUAUCACCGACGAUCAAUGCAACAAAAACCAACAGUCAAAUAAGUCGAACGCUGUGGAACAUGUGCAAUCGGCCUGAGCACAAUGGUCCUAGCCUAACAACACGAGUUAUUAAAGUUCACAAUGAACUUUGUGAAUGUGGAGGUUGCCGGACAGCACACACGAAAGCCGAGAAGGAAUUAGUGGAAUUCCUUGCAGAGGAAAUCGUAGCAGAGAAGAAAGCACAGAAACUAAAGACAAUUCCUACAGAACUUCAUGGGUUCAAAGUAUCUCUUGAUGGAGCAGAAGUUAGUCUUGUUAAGAAAGAUGGAAAUGAAACAAUCACAAUUUCUUUUAACAUCAACCACACAGUGGAUGCAGAUGCUGAGCCAGAAAUCGAUCCUCAGGACGACAAACCUGAUAUCGGGGAAAUGAAGAGCAAACCAAACUUCGAAAUCGACAUCGUCAGAGGAAACCAAACGUUAUCGUUUACUUGCUCCUUUAAUAGCGAACCUGGCGCAUCAGGAGCGGACGAUAAUUACAACGAUAUUUUCGGAAUCGACGAAAUUACGCUUUACGAAGGCGAGUAUUCUGACAAAGUCUACGCCGUCAGCGGAGAAAUUAUCGAUGGCUACCUUUACGACCUUUUGAUGAACUACCUCGAAGAGAAAGGAAUAUCAAACGAAUUCGCUGAAAAAAUAAUGGGACUGAGCACAUCUUACGAACACACGGCUUAUAUUAGUUUACUCGAGGGACUUUCAAAGUUCACCACGGCAACAUAAUUCCAUUAGUUGACUCUACGGUAAUAAAUUCAUCACCUUGUUGCAAGCGAGUAUAACGUACGCAUGACAUGAAAAAUACAAUUAAUAAAUAAAAGUUAAACUUAUUUUGUUACAGUGAAUUAUGUUAGGUGCAUACUUAGUGUCAGAUGCUAGAU